AUGGUCAACCAUCUUAGCAAUAAAAGCUUGUUCAUAACAUCGCUGCUUUUGAAUUCCGUUUUCUGCACAUUUCUGGUUCCUGUUUCUUCCACGCUUCAAAGGUUUCAUCACCACACGAACAACAAUGGUUCACUCCGGUUUUUGGUCAUCGGUGAUUGGGGCCGAAAAGGGUGGUACAACCAAUCUCAAGUUGCUGUUCAGAUGGGAAUCAUUGCAGACAGACUAAAUAUAGAUUUUGUAGUUUCAACUGGAGAUAAUUUCUACAAUGAUGGGUUAACCGGUGUUCAAGAUCCCGCCUUCGACGAGUCGUUCAAAUAUGUGUAUGCUGCACCUAGCCUUCAAAAACAGUGGUAUACUGUUCUGGGGAAUCACGAUUACCGUGGUGAUGUAGAGGCGCAAUUGGACCCGAUGCUUAGAAAAAGAGACAGCAGAUGGCGAUGUUUAAGAUCUUUUAUCGUCAAUACAGAUAUUGCUGAAUUGUUCUUCGUGGACACGACUCCUUUUGUUGAAAUGUACUUCGAUGACCCAAAAGAUCACAAAUACGAUUGGCGAGGCAUACUUCCUCGCGAAGUUUACCUCGCCAAUCUUUUAAAGGAUUUGCGAUCAGCAUUGAGCGAGUCGAAAGCUAAAUGGAAGAUCGUUGUUGGCCAUCAUGGUAUUAGAACCACGGGUCACCAUUGUGAUACUCCGGAGCUUGUCACACAUCUUCUGCCCGUUCUGGAGGAACAUCAUGUUGAUUUUUACAUGAAUGGACAUGAUCAUUGCCUAGAACAUGUGUCGUGCCAAAAUAGUAAAAUACGUUUCUUAACAAGCGGGGCUGGAUCGAAGGCGUGGCUUGAGGCGAACAAGCCGCAAGAUGAGAAAUGUGGCGUUAAGUUCUUCCAUCAUGGACAAGGGUUCAUGUCGAUGAAGUUAACGAAAAAUAAUGCUAGAUUUGUGUUCUAUGAUGUUUUCGGUAAACCUUUGCAUCGAUGGAGGACAUCCUUGAAGAAGCUUCAUACGUCAAUGUAG